AGCACGUGCCUGAAAGAUCUGCACACAACAUUUUGUAGCGGCAGAGAAGAAAGGGUAGCGUAGUCGUAGAUCAGCCAUGAGCACGAGCACGAGCAUGAGAAGAACUCCCACUCUUUCUCUUCUAACUAUCACAAUAACCUCUCUCAUUUUUCUCUCCUUAUUUCCUCGCACCCAAUCUGAGGUGAUAACGUUAACCUCUGAUACAUUUACUGAUAAGAUCAAGGAGAAGGACACUGCAUGGUUUGUGAAAUUCUGCGUCCCCUGGUGCAAGCAUUGUAAGAACCUGGGUUCGUUGUGGGAUGAUUUGGGGAAGGCAAUGGAGGGAGAAGAUGAAAUAGAGGUUGGAGAAGUCGAUUGCGGCUUGGACAAAGCAGUCUGUACCAAAGUUGAUAUUCAUUCAUAUCCCACCUUUAAGGUUUUCUAUGAUGGUGAAGAAGUAGCCAGAUACCAAGGUUCAAGGGAUGUUGAAUCAAUGAAAACCUUUGUUUUGGGAGAAUCUGAAAAGGCAGCAGCAAAAGCACUUGAAAGUGAUAAAGAAUUAUAACAACUUUUGAGUUUCUUCAGGUGCAGUCAUUAUCUGGUUUGCGACUAGCUCUUUACUACAGGUGGUGCACGUCCCAGAUUAGUAAUCACCUUUGGGUUCAGACUGAGACAUCAUUCUUCUCUGUUCUGAUCAGCAUUUGUUUGUUUGACCUAGCAGUUGUGGAUUAAGAACUAAUCUCGUACACUACCACAAUUUCUUUUAUACUCCACAAUUUUCUUUCUUAGGUUUACUUAUACUCUAUAAAAUUGAUAGUGGGUUGUCAAUCUUAAAUUCUUAAUAGUUUCAAUACAAUGAUCAAUGAUCUUUAAUCGAAAUCAUACUUUAGGAUUUGUUUAUA